GGCGAGGAGGCCGCGCCAGUGACAGCGAUGGCGGCGGAGUCGGCGCUCCAAGUUGUGGAGAAGCUGCAGGCGCGCCUGGCCGCGAACCCGGACCCCAAGAAGCUAUUGAAAUAUUUGAAGAAACUCUCCACUUUGCCCAUUACAGUAGACAUUCUUGCGGAGACUGGGGUUGGGAAAACAGUAAAUAGCUUGAGAAAACACGAGCAUGUUGGAAACUUUGCCAGGGAUCUAGUGGCCCAGUGGAAGAAGCUGGUUCCUGUGGAAAGAAACAUUGAGUCCGAUGAACAGGAUUUUGAGAAGAGCAAUUCCCGGAAGCGCCCUCAGGAUGCCCUUCAGAAGGAGGAGGAGAUGGGGGGCGACUACCAAGAAAACUGGAAAGCCUCUGGUAGCCAUUCCUACAGCCCUGACCACAGACAGAAAAAACACAGAAAACUCUCAGAGCUAGAGAGACCUCACAAGGUGUCUCACAGUCAUGAGAGGAGAGAGGAGAGAAAGAGGUGUCACAGAGUGUCACCAGCUUCCUCUUCAGACCAUGAAUCUUCUGAUUAUGGCCACGUUCAGUCCCCUCUGUCUUCUGCCAGUCCUCAUCAGGUGUACGUGGACCAUUACAGAUCCCUGGAGGAGGACCGUGAGCCCAGUGUCCCACACCAGAAGCCUGGAAAAGGCCACAGGAAUGCCUUUCAGGACAGACUGGGGGUCAGUCAUGAACAACACCUGGCUGAACCCCAGAGCAAAGGGGUUGUGAAUCAAAACAAGGAGCACAAGUCUUCCCACAAGGAAAAACGCUCCAUGGACGCCAAGAGUGACGAGAAGUCCUCUGCUCUGAGCAGAGAGAAAUCCCACAAGGCCCUUUCUAAAGAAGAGAACCGAAGGCCACUCCCAGGGGACAGUGCAAAGGAGAAACCGCCCUCUAGUGUUGUAAAGAAAGAGAAGGAAAGAGAGGGCAGCAGCCUCAAGAAGAAGUGUGUACCCUCCUCAGAGGCUGCUUCAGACAACCACCUUAAAAAGCCAAAGCACAGAGACAUGGAGAAAACCAAAUCAGACAAGAACAAGCAAGGUCUGGACAGCUUAGACAUAGGAAAAGGGGCAGGAGACCUGUUGCCCAAGGUAAGAGAGAAGGUUUCUAACAACCUGAAGGCUCAAGAAGGGAAAGCAAAGACCUCUAAUUCAGAGGGAAAGUCUCUGGGCCGCCUCCCUAAAGUUGACGAGGCAGAUUUGGAUGAUGAAUUUGAGCAGCCCACCAUGUCGUUCGAGUCUUACCUCAGCUAUGACCAGCCCCGGAAGAAAAAGAAAAAGACUGUGAAAACUUCAGCCACAGCAUUUGGAGGAAAAGGACUUAAAAAAAGUGAUUCUAAAAGCACUAGUAAAAACUUGGACUCAGUUCAGAAGUUACCUAAGGUGAAUGAAAACAAGUCAGAGAAGCUGCAGCCGGCUGGAGCCGAUUCAGCCAAGCUAAGAAAGGUCCCCACUGAGGCAUUGCCAGUGUUGCCAGACCUCCCAUUACCCAUGAUUCAGACCAAUUACCGUCCACUUCCUUCCCUCGAAUCGAUGUCUUCCUUCCAACCAAAGCGAAAAGCAUUCUCUUCACCCCAGGAAGAAGAAGAAGCUGGAUUCACUGGACGCAGAAUGAAUUCCAAGAUGCAGGUGUAUUCUGGUUCCAAGUGUGCCUAUCUCCCCAAGAUGAUGACUUUGUACCAGCAAUGCAUCCGAGUACUUAAAAAUAACAUUGAUUCAAUCUUUGAAGUAGGAGGAGUCCCAUAUUCUGUUCUUGAACCCAUUUUAGAGAGGUGUACACCUGAUCAGCUCUAUCGCAUAGAGGAAUAUAAUCACGUAUUAAUUGAAGAAACAGAUCAAUUAUGGAAAGUUCAUUGUCACCGAGACUUUAAGGAAGAAAGACCAGAAGAAUAUGAGUCAUGGCGGGAAAUGUACCUGCGGCUUCAGGAUGCCCGAGAGCAGCGGCUACGAGUAUUAACGAAGAAUAUCCAAUUUGCACAUGCCAAUAAGCCCAAAGGCCGAAGAGCAAAGAUGGCCUUUGUCAACUCUGUGGCCAAGCCACCUCGUGACGUCCGAAGGAGGCAGGAGAAGUUUGGAACAGGAGGAGCAGCAGUCCCUGAGAAAGUCAGGAUUAAGCCAGCCCCGUACCCCACAGGAAGCAGCCAUGCUCCUGCCAGCAGUGGCAGCAGCAACAGCUUUAACCCCAGCCCCGAGGAGCCGGCCUAUGAUGGCCCAAGCACCAGCAGUGCCCAUUUGGCACCGGUGGUCAGCAGCACUGUUUCCUAUGAUCCUAGGAAACCGACUGUGAAGAAGAUUGCCCCGAUGAUGGCCAAGACGAUUAAAGCUUUCAAGAAUAGAUUCUCCCGACGAUAAACUGAGGACUUGCUUUGGAGAUGGAAUUGGGGGUGGCAGGAAUACAAAGACAAUGGGAGUUGUGGAAUGGAACUUCCAAAGGAGACUGGAAUUUUUUGCUUUAUGGAAACUUUUGAUCUCUGAAUCCUGCACAGUUUGCUGGUGUUUCCCCCGCGAACCUGCGUGCCACAGCCCCUGCCCCUGCCUGGAGCACACUUCAGAAUUCUGAAGAAGAUGUGAAGCCUCAGUCUCACUGAGGAUUUUAAGGUCAAUUAUACUUUUGUUGUUAAUUAGCAUCUUUGUAAACUAUAAGACAUAGUUUUAAUUAAUAAAUAUUGCCCCCAGAUUGUAUUUAUAUUGCCCCCCAGGUUUUUUUGUUUUUUGUUUUUUGUCCUCUACCACACACUUAGCCUUUUAUUUUCUGGGUCCUUUAUUAAAGUUAGAUGAAAGCCAUUCCCUGGUCUCAGUUCAGCUCUCCUGAAUGGACUCUGGUCCAGAGGGAGAACUGGGCGUUCCCUGAGCCUGUGUGGUGCCUGCUGCACAUAGGGUGAGGAGUGAGUGCCAGACUGCCUGUCCUAGAGGGAGCCUCAGCGUGAACAUAGGACGUGUUCAGGUGGACUCCUCAACUCUGAGACCCUUCUCAGUGUUGCUCUGAGUUCCUGUGCAGGUAUAUUUCUUUCUUCCUCAUUAAACAGUCUUUAUUAAGGGAGGUUAUUCAUAGAAGUCUUGUUUUUCCCCUAUCCUGCUUUUUUUUUUUCCCCUGAAGGCUCACUAUAGAACACAGAACCUUGGGAGAUCAAUUUGCACAGAACCCAGCAUUUUUACAAUUUGCCAUUUCUCACUCAUAAUUUUCGGGUGUUUCCCCUUCCCUGUCUUUCCUUCUUUCCACCAGCAUGGAGGAAAAACACAGACAUGGCAAGUCUUUUCAUAGCCCCAAAUAUGACUUUGUAGAGUUUUAAAAUCCAGCACUUUAAUCUCUUGUUCUUAUGAAUUGCUAUUAGAGAUGAAUGAUUUUAAAAGUUGUAAUGCUGUGUUGGAAGUUGGUUUUGUGUUUGCCUUUUCUUUAAAAGGUAAGAUCAUGCGAUUGGAAGAGCACAAUACUUUGCUGUGUUUGGUAGAGAACUUGGCAGCUGAAGCUACCCCUACCUUUUGAGUGUUUAAGCCAGAAUUUUCAGGGAAGGGCUAACUUAGGGAACGUUUCUGUGCUGCAGCAUGAGGAUGGGGGAAAAUUGAAUGGGCAUCCAUCAAGUUGGGAUGGGAGGCUCUCAUUUUCCAGUUGACAUAGGAACAAGAUCAGAAUUCGGAGAGGGCUGGCUGGUUGGCUCAGUUGGUUAGAGCACGGUGUUAUAACAAGGUCAAGGGUUUAGGUCCCUGUACCAGCCAGCUGCCAAGAAAACAAAAAACAAACCAGAAAAGAACUCAGACAGAGGGCAGUGUCAGCCCCCCUUUUGGCUGUCAAAGAACACAGCUCUAGUAGUAACCCACUUGGUUAUAACCCAGGUGGAAGUAGAUGCUAUAAAUUUGAGAUGCCCAUCCUUAAGAAACCCAGCAGACUGAGGAGAUGGUUAGUGUGACAGCCUGAGCUUGGCAGUCAGUCCCCUUGACAAGCUCUCUCAUAAAAUGGAGCCCACUGUUUUUAACCAUCCUGAAAACCUCAGGCUAACUUUGGAUUCCAGAGCAAUGCAGGACAUCUGUGCAGCAAAAGCUGUACACUGUUCAGUGUGUGUUGCUGUGCAGGGUGCCUGUUGCAAUAGGACACAAAUACUGCUGUUUUAAUUUGCUGUAUUUUUGAAUUGGGUAAAGCAUUCUUUCUCUCGAUCACUCGUAUUACCAUUCCACCCCUGUCCUCUAGCCUGCUCCCCAAAUCUAAUAUUAGGAAGCCUCUUACCUGAAACCAAAUGAACAUUUAGGUUGGGUGCCAGAUAUUUGGUACUUAGGAUAGUUUUCUCUAGGUGUCCGCCAUCUUGAAUUUGUGUCUUAGCUGUGUGUUCAAGUCUUUGUCAUUUGAAACCAAUUUUUCAUAUUUCAGAUUCAGUUGUGUAUGAGUUAAUUUCCCUUAGAGUCUUUAGGCAGGAAGGGAAGAAAGGACACAUAUUUGUUCAUCCCAAUAUCAGUAUCCAUUUUUGGCACAUAAAGAUUUUUGAUGAACCCUGUUUGCAUAGAGCCAGAUCUUUCCCCUCCGCCUUCAAGAGUGUCUGCAUCAGGGAUGUGACUUGAGAAGAGUAAAGGGAGGAGAGGAAGAACCGAAUUUUUAAAUGACCUCCUCACCCAGCUUAUUGAAAUGGCUGCAGAGCAGACAUAGGAUGAUGUUGAACCUUUGGUCUCAUUUGUGACAACUUGUGCAAUUUUUUUCUGUUCUACACUACAUAUGAAUUACUGAUUACAAAUCACCCUUUUGUGAUCCUUGGUGUAAUAAGCAGUUGCUUUGGGGCUUUUUCUUUCUGGGAAGUGGGAGGGAAAGGAGCAAGGUGUCAUCCUGCUCCUCAUUUGUAUUUUGGUCCCAAAAUGUAAAUACAAUUUUCUAUGUUACUUUUUUGUGGUAACUACCAAGAUGAAUAUUUUAAUUAGAUAAGUUAUAUGAAAAGGAAAAUUCCAUGUCUAAAUAAAAACCAAAACACAUA